UCUGGCGACAGCGCCCUCGACCUGCAUCUCGGCUGGUGUCCGAGCGAGAUUGAGCUCGAUUCACUCAAGGUGAGGAAGCUAUUGGAGGAAGAGAAGUGCAACUUAUGUGAUCUCUUUACCUACAUGAGAUUCUUCGUUCUAGAACGCGGGAGAGACAAAUUGUCAUCGCCAGCCCAUGAAGCCUGACAAUGUUUUCUGGAAUAUGACCAAUCCCCUCCAAACAAAUACAAUACUUAGGACUUGUUCGGUUUAGAGGAGAUUGAAGAGAAUUGGAGGGGAUUGAGUAAAUCCCCUCCAAUCCUUCCCUCACAGGGAUUAACCAAACAGGUGGAAGCGGAUUGAUAGAGGGAUAUUGGGUGUGGGGAGGAGCCUCAACCAAAUCCACAUAGGGUUUGUUUAUAGUACACGGCGAAUAAAGCAUGAAGGCAUGAAGUAGCUGCUCCCACUUGACUAUUUCACUUCAGGCCGGUAUGCAUUUUGGCCUAUUUUUAUUGGCUUGUCUUGAACAAAUAUUCAUACUGCUACAACAAGCCUACAAAAAUACUACAAACUUCCUGACUAGAUUUUACCUACCUAACUUUGGAUGGAAGCCUAUUAGCACCCUUGAACUUUAAUGCUAGAUCCCCCGAGAUUUGCAAUACCGUUCAUACAACCCUGUAAGGUGGAGUUUGUUAAACUGUGGUUAACCCAGUGAUUUCAAGUCGCCUAGUCGGGACUAGUCAUAAGGGCACCGACUAGUCGACUAAUCGUGAUUAGUCGUGACUAGUUGUAGAUUAGUCAGUGACUAUGGGCUAGGGGUACCCAGGAUAAUGUAUAGAUAUUUAUAAGUAUUACUUACCAUAGUAUACUAGUAUAGUAUAGUACAAACUAAGGAUAAUCAGACUUACAUAGUUGACAGUUCACACUUGACUUAAGGUCUUAAAGUUAAAUCAUUUACCUGUCCUUGUUGCAAUAAGUCCUUCAUCUUUUCUCCCCUCUCUCCCGUGACUAGAUCUAGACUGCUGGUUCGGGUUAGAUGAGGGGUACAGGCCUUCCUGGGCUGGGCUGGGCUGGGCUAAAGGCCUGCCACUGAAGUGUAAAGCCCAACACAUAUUUUUAGCCCUAACAGACUAGUCAUCCACGACUAAUCGUGACUAGUUGUGACUAGUCGGACGAUAAGUUUUCUAUCGAACUAAUCGCUUCGAGGUUCCUGAUUGAGAUCAGGGUAGCGAUAAGGACAACUAGUUACGAUUAGUCGCGACUAAUCAGACAACUUGAAAACACUGGGUUAACCCCAAGUUGUGUGGGUUUGCACUAGUUGGCUAUUUUAUUUCCUUUGGAAGCAUUAUAUUCUUGCACUCCGUAAUAGUCUUAAUCACCAUUCUGUGGUUGACCACAGUUUCCCGGUGUUCUUACAGACAUUCUAUAAACCGGCCAAUUCUUUUGACAGUUACUCUUGAUGGUGACCAAAUGUUUCUCAAUGAAACUAUCUAGAAAAUGGAAUCCUGAGUGGAACCAAGCGGCUAAUUGUGAAGCUAUUGAAUCAGUCUGCAGUUCUUUUUCUUUAGAGGAAUGAAUCUGUUUGUAGUACCACCUACCACCAAUUUUAUAAUAGCAAGCAAGCUUAGCUAGUUGCCAGAUAAACUAAAGUAGUAAACACUGGUCAAUCAGUUAAGUUUACAAGCAUACAAGCUCACAGUUUUUUUUUAUCAAACUCUAGUCAUCUUGCUUUGAGCCUAUGAGAUGAUUGAUCGCUCUCCUAGGUAACAAAUUUGUUGAUCGAUCAGCUGGGCUGCCGGUAUGUGUGCCCUCAGCCGUUAACUCUCACUUAAUAUGUCAAACGGUGAAUGUGUGGUACACCAUGAAACCUCAUUUCAGUGCAUAAGAAGUUAACAAUAUUGUCAUGGCUGCAGGCUGGCUGAACCAGACGUCCCUGUUUGUCAACGAUUGGGCGAUCCGCAUCGUGGUGCUCUGCAGCUUCGCCGCCCACCUCGUCCUCACGCUGUUUGCCGGAAUCCGUCGGCGUAAAGCCACCGGCGUGCGGGCACUUGUCCUAUGGCUGGCGUACCAGCUUGGCGGCUGGGCUGGGACGUAUGCUCUCGGCAGCAUGUCGCUCGGCCGCACAACGCAGCAGCAGCAACAGCAGCUGGCAUUCUGGGCACCGUUCCUGCUCCUGCAUCUUGCUGGCCCCGACAACAUCACCGCCUACUCCCUUGAGGACACGGUUCUCGCCGGGAGACAGGUGCUCACCGUCACAGUACAGAUCUUGGGAGCAUCAUAUGUCCUGUACAAGCAGAUAUACAACCGUGACGGCGGCGGUAGCGCCUUGCUGUGGGUCUCUGUCGUCAUGUUCGCCAUCGGCAUUGCCAAGUACGUGGAGAGGGCCGUGGCGAUUAGGCAGGCCAACCUGGGAAAGAUGAGAAGCUCAAACAAGAAGUGCAAGUUAGGAAAACGAAGCUUCGGAGAUGUUAAAGAGGUGGGUAACGAGAGAACCUUGCUGGUUGCUCAUGGCCUGCUCCAUAUCACCAAGGGUGCCUUCAUCGAUCAUUCAGACGACGAGAAUCCCCUGAAAAGUGAUGCGGCACGAUCACAAAUAUUUGGUCAUGGAUGGGAGGAGAUGUGCAGGGUGGUGGAGAUGGAGCUGUCCCUCAUGUACGACAUCCUCUACACCAAGGUAGCUGUGGUGCACACAUGGUUCGGCUACAUCAUCCGUUUGGCGUCGCCGGUCGUCAGUGCCACCGCGUUCCUGCUGUUCUGGUUCCAAGGUAAAGAUGAGCAGAGGAGGGCAGAUGUGCUCAUCACCUACAUCUUGAUGGUCGGCACCAUCAUCCUGGAUGUCAGAUGGCUUCUCAGGGCGAUGGUGUCUACAUGGACCUAUUCGUUCCUGAACAAUAGGCCAGAUUGCUGGUUUCAUGCCGCAUGCUUGAGCUCCGGGAGGUGGCGCCUGCUCCGUCGUCUUGUCCUCUGUCUGGAUCCAUGCCGGCUGCUCGGCAAGGAACCAACUAGGUACAGGAUGUGGUCAGGAACCGUUGGGCAGUACAACUUAUUGCAUGAGUGCACUCAUGGCACGAUCGGCAUGUUUGGCUCGCUGCUGAAGAAGGUUGUAUCAGAUGACAGUUGGAUGGAGUACCAAUACCAUGACGCAAGGGGUCUUGCAAUUUCAUCGGAGGUAAGGGAAUUGUUGUUCCAACAGAUAUGGGAGCAACUCAAGACAGCAUAUCCAGCUGCGACUGUUGAGAAGACUAAUUUACUCUCUUGCAGCAGUCUGGGAUAUGCCGGGAGUGCAUGGAAGAACCGGGAGCUUGAUGAAGCUAUGAACUUUGCUCAUGCAUUCCAAGAGACAAUCCUUAUCUGGCACAUCGCCACGGACAUCUUCCUCUUGGUCAGUCGUCAAUUUGCAUCACCGUCCAACUCCAAGCAAGUACAGGUGAUCAUGGCGCUGUCGAAUUACAUGGCGUUCCUCGUAGCGGUCCGCCCAAGCAUGCUACCAGGCCUUAAGCUACGCAGCCUGUACAAAGAAACUCACAAGGCUCUUGUGGAAAUAUUGCUCAAAGAAGGAUAUUCUGGUAGCUUGAUAGAGAGAAAGGAGAAGCUGGCCGACAGGCUAAUAGAAAUGGAGAAGGAGAAGCAGGUCCAAAUCUCAAACGCUCCAAAGAAGGUAAGCAACUGGAGGCCAGGUUAUAGUAAUCACAAGUCAAGGCCAGCAAAGGCAAGUGUUCUUUAUGACGAGAAUAUAAUUCUGUCUGAUGGAGCUAAAUUCGCCGAGGUGCUGCUAAGUAGAGCUUGGGUAGACAGCCCACAUAUAACCGCACAUAUCGAAAUUAGCCCUGAGAGAUAUGAAAGGAUUAAAAGAUGAUUCCUCAUAUUGUGAGAACAGGUUGCGUUUGAUAUCUCGGUAAUGCUGGACUAUAUCUUCAAGGCAUGGGUUCGUAUUCUGAUGUAUGCGUCCGUCCGAUGCACAAGGGAUUCUCAUGCCAAGCAGCUCGCCUGUGGAGGCGAGCUCACAACAAUUGUCUGGAUACUCAACGAACACGCUGGCAUAUUUCGCAUCCCCGGUGAUGCCAGAGAUGAAACUGGCGAGCUUGGAACCUAAUGCCUAGUAACACAGCCUAUCGUUAACCCGUGUGUUACACGGCCUAUUGUUUGUUAUUUGUAUUAUGAAGACUAUAAAUUAAAAAUGUUUAAAUAGAUCGGUUACUAAAAUUUGCUGAAUAUAUACUAAAUAUGUUUUAAAGUUA